CUCGCAGAAGUUACCAGAAGGAUCGAGAAUGAUUCGCUCAUUUCACUAGUCCCCUAUAAAUGAGAUGUUUUCUCCUACAAAGUUUCACAUCGAGUAAUUUCACACAUCACCUAAUCUGCUUCCAAACUAUUCAGACAAAUUAAUUCUUUAUUGAUCAAAUCUAAAUCCAAAGCUGCAAGAUGUCUCUGAUUCCAAUUCCAAGCUUCUUCGGCAGCCGCCGCAGCAACGUGUUCGACCCAUUCUCCCUCGAUAUAUGGGAUCGCUUCGAGGGUUUUAAUUUCCCCUCCUCCGCCUGCGAAACCACCGCGGUGGCCAACGCCCGCAUCGACUGGAAGGAGACGCCGGAGGCCCAUCUCUUCAAGGUUGAUGUUCCCGGAUUGAAGAAAGAGGAAGUUAAGGUUGAGGUCGAAGAUGGCGGCAUUCUGAAAAUAAGCGGAGAGAGAAGCAAGGAGCAGGAGGAGAAGAACGACAAGUGGCACCGCGUGGAGAGGAGCAGCGGGAAGUUCCUCCGCCGCUUCAGACUGCCGGAGAAUGCGAAGCUGGAGCAGGUGAAGGCGGCGAUGGAGAAUGGGAUGCUGACUGUGACGGUGCCUAAAGAGGAAGUGAAGAAGCCAGAAGUCAAGGCCAUCGACAUCUCUACUUAAAUCGAAUCAUUCUCGUUUCCAUGUGUUUGUUUGAUUGAUACGUUGAUGUAAUAAAGUAUAUAGUGUAGCAUCCUUUAAGAUGUGGAAAGAUAAAUAUUUGUAGAUAUAUCAAAAUAUCAAUUUUA